AUGGAAUUAAACAAUGGUAUGCAGCCAAAACAAUACACGCGAGGCGCGCACCGCACGUGCCGCCCCGCCCGCGGACACCUCCGGACUGACGAGAGUCGAGACGAACGAAAUACGAAUCACGAAUGGCGACGCGAGACGAACGACGAGCGAGCAACGAGCGGCUCGCUCGCUUUGGGCGCCGCACGCGGUGGAGUUAGCAAAAGUUUGCCGUUCGGGUGCACUCGCGUGUUGCUAGAUUCGGCCGUCUGCGAG